AGAAAUAAUCCCUCGUUUUCUGUCUUUAACCAAACUGGUUUGUACAAAUUACUUGAACUAAACCCUAAUUACGUUGAAAAAGAAAUCAUUCUGAGUGAAUUACCUCCACAGCAUGCAAAGAGCAGCUAUACAUUCCUAUUAAUAAUCUAAUUAUUUAAUUUGAUAUGUGCUGAAGCAGAGACAUAAAGGGAUUUUUUUAAUACUGUUUGCAUGUUUGUUGGCUUUUAUUUUUUUACUUGCACGAUAGAAGCGUAUGGUAAAAGAAAGGACUGAAUUCCUGUAUCAUUGCCUCAAUCACACCAUAACGAUGCUGAGCAGCCAAUCAGAGGCAGAUACAUCUAAUAUCACAGUUUAAUGCAUAUUUGUUUUCACAUAACCUUCAAAAUAAUUAUUUUAAGAACACAUCAAGUGACCAAAACUAUCUGUGGCAUUAAUUUCUUAAACCAAAUCCAAACUAUUUUGCUUUUAAUAAUGAUGAUAACUAAGUCAAGUCCAUUUUCUGCUGGACUUGAAAGAACUUUCAUAAAGGAAACAACCAUUAAAGCUCAGUUUGAUUCUCUGAUGGUAAACAUUUUUAUUCUAAGGUAUUUUUAUUUUCUGCUGUAAGGAUCCAGUUGGACCUGUUUGGAUUCUGUUCUGACUGGGUUUAUCAGAGUCUCAGAGCUGCUGGGUGUCGGUGGACUAACCGCAGCCUCUGGUGUGCAUGACAGGUUAUCUCUGACUGCUCAGGCAACGUUGUACAAAAUAUAUACAGUUAAAAAAGAGGAAAUAAAAUCCUAGUCUGCUGUCCUUUACCUGCAGAUUCUUCAUCUAAAACAUCUCAGUGUUACAAAGUGAGUUAAAUAGUUUAUCUGUUCAUUUUAACUGAAGUUAUGUAACUGUGCUUCAUUCUGCGGUUUUCUGUCAGUCUCUAGAAAGUGAUAAGAGCAAAAUGACAGGAUACAUUGCAACCAGGAAAUAUGAUCAAUAUUUUCAGAUCAGCAGCAGAGAAAAGUCUCUCAGUUCAGCGGCUGAUAGACGGACAGGAGAUGUUGGUUCUGGUUCUGGUUCUGGUCGUUGUGCUUCAGUUUGAAGGAACCAGAGGAGGAGAAAUUCAUCUCUAUCACAGAGAAGGAGAAAAUGUUGUUCUACCUUGUAACAUUCCUGCAUCGUCUUACCGAUGCUCCAAUGUUAACUGGUUUUACAACAAGGGUAAAAAUACAAAUACUCAGCAGAAGGUUUUCAAAGGAAGAGUUAUUCAGAGUUCACCUCAAUAUGAGAAGUUUAAUGUGAGCAGCAGCUGCUCUCUGAUCAUCAACACCAUCACUGCUGAUGAUGCUGGAAGAUACGUCUAUAGACCUGGUUCAGGACCCUCCUCAGAUCAUUUUGUCUAUCUGAGUGUUUUAACCAUUUCAAACGAAUUUUCAACACAGGAUGAUUUUGCAUUAGAGUGUUUCCUGCUGAGAUACAGUGGGUUGGAUCUUUGUCCAGAGAACAGUUUCCGCUGGCUGGAUGAGACGGGAACUGAACUGACUGAAGGUGUUUGGUUCGACUUAAGAGGACCGAGACUCUGUGUUUCCUCUCUGACUACAUAGAAGCUGAAGUUUUUCAUGCAACAAUUUAACUUCUUCAUGAGGCAAUGUUAUUUCUAUAGAGACAGAUGUGAUGACAUCAUACCGUUACAUUGGUAGUGAGCUUCUAUCUUCACUUCGUUUCCUUCAAUAAACUGGCAGGUGAAUCUUCUGCUGCUCUGAAGAUUCACAGUCAGAAGAGAAACACAACCAAACUGUCCUCCAGAUUUAUAUCCAUCACCUUCACCAGUCAGCUCACUUCCUGUCUCAUCCACCCAGAGGAGACUUUUAACUGGACAUGAACCCAAAGAACUGGAUCUCAGCUCUCAUUUCAACUGCUAACUUUUUGUGUUCACUCUGUUAUUGUUCUUUCCAUAGAAGCUACACCUGGUCUGGUUUAGCUGUGAUACCUUCCUGCAGGAGGGCAUCCACUGGGAUGAUGCUGCCAUCAACUAAUUGUUCUCCUUCUCCUGCUGUUAACAUUCCUGGAAUCCACAGCUGUAAAAUAUGGCAGUGAAGAUCAACUUCAAGGUUCUUUCAUGUACACAAGUGAUGCUUGUCCAGAGAACAGUUUCCACUGGUUGGAAAACUGUGUGUGCGUACACAUUCAUUGUAUGAAAUAAUUUGGGUUAUAAUUAAUUAUAUUUGUGUACAAUUAAUAUAACCUAAAGAUUAUAUUGUAUAUUUACACAUAUUUAAAGACUCUAAUCUUUAAAACUGUUGGUGGACUCUGGUCCAGACAGCUGGCAUUUCUUCUUCUACUGGUCUGACUGGUUGUAGCAUCAGGUCACAUUUAAUGUCAACAGAAGAGGAGGCUUAUAGAUGGCCAACUGGGCAGCAGAGCAUUCUGGGAUUUAUAGUAUAAGCAGUGAAUGCAAAAGUAAAUAUUCACCACUAAUAAUAGAGUAAGAGUAUAAAAUACUUUUAUUCUAAAGUAUUUAUAUUUUCUGCUGUAAGGAUCCAGUUGGACCUGUUUGGAUUCUGUUCUGACUCGGUUUAUCUGCUCUGUCUCAGAGCUGCUGGUGUUAGUGGACUGACUGCAGCCCAUUAAUAUGCAUCACAGUUUAUCUCUGACUGCUCAGGCAGGAAAUUAGAACAAGUUGCACAAAAAAUAUACUGUUAAACAGCAGGAAAUAAAACUUUGUUUUUAUUUUCUUCACCAGCAAAUCCUUCGGCUAAAACAUUUAGUUCAUUUGAGUGUUACAGAGUGACAGAAUUAAAUGUAGUUUAAAUGUUCGUUUCUAACUAAAGUUUUGCUGGUUCCUUGUUUUGAUGGUUUUCUGUCAGUUUCUGGAAAUGAUCAAGUUGAUAAGAGGAAAAUGACAGAAUAGGUAGGGACGUGAAUUUGAUUUCAAUCAUUAUUUGAGCCACAAACAGGAAACAUCAUCAGUAUUUUCAGAUCAGCAGCAGAGAAAAGUCUCUCAGUUCAGCGGCUGAUAGACGGACAGAAGAUGUUGGUUCUGGUUCUGGUCGUUGUGCUUCAGUUUGAAGGAACCAGAGAAGAAGAACUGCAUCUCUAUCACAGUUACAGGCAUAAUGUUGUUCUACCUUGUAACAGUCCUUCAUCGCUUUCCUCAUGCUCUGAUGUUACCUGGUUUUAUAACAAAGAUAAAAAUACUCAGCAGACGGUUUGGAACGGAGCAGAUUAUCAGAUUUCACAUCAAGCUUACAAGUUUAAUUUGAGCAGCAGCUGCUCUCUGAUCAUCAACUACAUUGAUAAUGAUGAUGUUGGACUCUACACCUGUAGACCUGGUUCUAAUGCCUCCUCAGAUGGUUUUGUCUAUCUGAAUGUUUUAACCAUUUAUGAACAACAUGUCUCUUCAGUAAAGGAUGAGUUCACAGUAAAGUGUUCCCUGGAGAGAUACAGUGGGUUGGAUGUUUGUCCAGAGAACAGUUUCCGCUGGCUGGAUGAUACAGGAACUGAACUGACUGAAGGUGUUAGUUUCGACGUAAGAGGACCGAGACUCUGUGUUUCCUCUCUAACUGUGAAGGAUGAGAGCGACAGAGGCUACACCUGCCAGUUUGUUGAAGGAAACAGUAUGAAAAUUGAAGUAAACUACGCACCACUUAGCUUUAAAGCAGAAAACAGAGAAAGAGACCAGAUCUACCACAGAGCAGGAGAUGAAGCUGUUCUGCCCUGUAACAGACCUUCAUCAUUCAACUCAUGCUCCUCUGUUAACUGGCUUUAUGAGAGAAAUGAAGACAUGAACAAGGAACAGGAAGUUCAGAGAGGAAUCGUUCAGAGUUCAUCUCGUUCUGCCAGGCUCAGUUUGGACAGAAACUGUUCUCUGAUCAUCAACAACAUCAAUGCUGAGGAUGCUGGACUUUACACCUGUCAGCCUGAAGAUGGAAGCAGUUAUGAAACAGAUGUGUAUCUAAAUCUGCUGAUCAUCUCUUCAUAUCUACCAGCUAUUAAUCCAACAAAGAAUGAAGUGAUCACAUUAUUCUGUUAUAUGGUGAGAUCCUGGUGGUUCAGUUCUUGUCCAGAUAAAAGUCUCCUCUGGGUGGACGAGACAGGAAGUGAACUGACUGGUGAAGGUGAUGGAUAUAAAUCUGGAGGACAGUUUGGUUGUGUUUCUUUUCUGACUGUGAAUCUUCAGAGCAGCAGAAGAUUCACCUGCAAGUUUGUUGAAGGAAACGAAGUGAAGAUAGAAGCUCACUACCAACAUGAAGGCCCCCCCGCCUCGUCUCCUCUGAGCUUCAUCAUGUUGACUCUGAAGAUCACAGGACUGAUCCUGAUGGUUGGAAUCACUGUUGGUAUCAUCAGAACCAGAGGGAGAAAAAAGCCUCAGAAAGACAUUAAUGUUCGUUUUGCUGUUGAUGACGACACAGUGAAUUAUGAAAAUGAUGGAGAACGUUCUGCUGCCGCCGCGCUCCACUGAGCUUCAUCACAGCCAUGAGGAUUCAUUAAAAACGCUUCAUUUUAAUUGUUAGCCAAAAGAAUAUUUUUGCAUUGAGCUAUCUGCAUAUGAGUAGUAAUUUUUAAUUGUGUUAAAUUCAGUAUUAAAUCCAUUAUAAAUGCGUUAAAAAGCUGUUUGUUUGAGAUAAGAAGCUUUAAAUGUUCUUUGCCUCCUUUUAAAUGCAAAUAAAAUCUUUGACACAUA